UGAAGAUGAAUGUGAUUCAGAUAAUGAAAGUGUUAUGACAUUUAAUUCUAAUACCAGUAGCACUUAUACUUCUAAUACUACUUUAUCAAAUAAAAUGGGAAUUACAAGACCUCUUGAUAACUUUGCAAUACGAAAAUUAUCUACAAAUCAAGAACGAAAAUGGUGGUAUUUAGUACUUAAAGCAACUAUUUCAAAUGGAUGGAGUUUUCGUUGA